AUGAAAGCAAAAAGUUUAAGCGGAGUUAAACCAAUAAUAACGGAUGAAGUUGCUUCAUUGGUUCGCUCUUAUGCUUUGGAAAAUACCAAGAAAACUCAACAGGAAAUAACUGAUUAUGUUUGUAAAGAGUUAAAUAUUUCCAUUAGUAGACCAAGCAUUACCAUCUUAUUAAAAAAAUUGGGUAUAACUAGAAAAAAGUUAACUUAUCACUAUAACCAAUUAAACGAAGCAAAGGCAAAAGAGUUUAAUGAGAGCAUUAAGCCCUUAUUAACUGAAUACCCCUUUAUUGCUAUUGAUGAAUGUAGUUUUUAUCCCAAUCAAGACCCCCGCUUUGGUUAUUCCUUAAAAGGAACAAGAGCAAGGGCAAAAAAACCAAGCAGUCAAGGAAAACACUACACUUUAUUAUUUGCUAUCAGUAAUUUAAAAGAAUUAAAACCAAUAGGAAGUAAGAAAAAUAUUUUGCUAAUGGAUAAUGCUAGAAUUCACAUUGCCUCUAACAAAAGAAAGGAGAAUAAUUUGCCUAGCGUUAAAGAGCAGAUGGCAAAUAAAAAUAUGGAAGUCCUUUAUAUUACUCCUUAUGCUCCCAUGUUAAAUCCUGUGGAGUUAGUUUUUUGUUUACUAAGGCAACAGACAGAAAAAAACAGACCUAGGAACUAUGAGGAGAUGAAAAGUGCUAUUGAAAAAGUAGUGGAAUUAUUAAAUACCAAAGAUUUAAGAAAAUACUUUUGA